AUGAAAAUAAUUGUGGUUCUCUGCGCGUGUGUCUUAGCAGUUUACGGAGCUCCCACGGAAGAAAAACGUUCACUUCCCGCUGUGGAACAUACGGACGAAAGAGAUGAACUUGGCCAGUACACUCUGAGAUACGUCACAGCGGAAGGAACUAUUGUCGUUGAAAGGGGACGCCUAGUCGAUACAGCAGACGGGAAGGACAAAGUGCUUACUUACGAAGGAUCGUUCACGUUCGUCGGUGACGAUGGCAAGACAUACACCACAAAGUAUAAGUCUGACGUCAAUGGUGCAUACCAUGCUGAGGGAGAUCACCUUCCCAAGUCAGUCGAAGCGGAACCUGUGCCGGAAGUAUCCGAGACACCGAAAGAAGAAGUAAUGCAACCAAGUGCUUAA